CCAGUCGCCAGUCGCGUUGGAUGCAGACAGCAGACAGCGCAUCAUGAUCAUGCAAUCACAAGCGUCCAAGCGAUGCGGCCGCCAAGUGGCGUCGCACGUGUCCUCGCUUCGGUCCCUCAAAGCGGGACCUAUCCUCGCCCUCGCCCUCGCCCUCGCCCUCGCCAUCAUGUCGCCAACCUCGCUUCACCCCCAUUACGGGAGAACGUGGGCAUCUCGGCGAGCGUGCGCGUGUCGCAGAUCACAGAGCGGCAACCGACUACGAACCGCAGCGUCGGAACAGAGGUAGCAGCUAGCAAAGGGGCACGACACGCAGGAGCAGAGCUGAUGCUAGCUGUAAGCAGCAAGCUAACUCAGGACACGCCGAUCACCUCGUGGCUUGAUUUGCCCUGUGUGAAGCUUGGCCGGGCGCCUCGUGCUUCCUAUCCUCUCAUCCUCUCAUCCUCUCAUCCUCUCAUGUCGUCGUCGCGUUGUCGCUGCCGCAUCAUUGACGUGCCACGUAUCAGACGCCAAGACUGCUCCUCCGCACCUUCUCAACAUCCUCCCUCGCCCUUGGCGGCCCACCGGCUGAUAGUGAUAAGCCAUGUCAGGCAGACUGCACCGCCUCUGCAUAAUCGCGCACGGGGCGUGGCAUGCGUUUCCAAAAUACCGCUUUUGAGGACCCAGGCGCGAGGCGUUCAUCUGCACGAGCCCCGCCGCAAUCGUUGCGUACUCAGAGGGAAGCGAUCGCGGCCGCAGCGCGAGCGCGACGCCGGCCCGCCGGCGGCCGGGCUGUAUCGCUCUUGUCCGUCUUGAGGUGCCGCCGGCUCGCCCGGCGCACGUGUGACUCGCAGUCGGCUUUGGGCUCCAUGGGCUGGCGAGCUGGCGAGCUGGCGAGCUGGCGAGGCGCGUCAGUCUCCCCUAUGUACUCCACGUCGAUGCGUCCUCAUACGUCGCGAGACGCGAGACGCGAGACACGCUACGCGCUAUGUGAUUUCCAUGAG